AUGGGGUGGGGAAGGGAAGGGAAGGACGAGGAGAAAGGUGUUCAAUUGAGAGUUCUUGCUCAAAAUUUGGUGUUUAACACUGCCCAUAUCUUGGACAAAACUUUGACGCCAGCAAAGCGAAGAAGUAAUUCACCGAUUUUGAAGAUUUUCCCACCAGACAAGCCAGCUGAACCGAAAUCAAAUUCUGAACUCAAGAACGAUUGGUGCCAAAAGAAUAAAAACCCUCAAACUGCAGAUGACGAUAGUUCUUCGUGGGUUUUCUUUCAAUCUGAAGGGAAAAUUUCACCACCAUCAAAUUUCAGAGAAUCUGGCGCAAGUGUUAUAACGCUAUCAGACAGUGAAUCGGAAUCAACGAAUCUUCAAGGAGACUUUUCCACUAAAGUUUCGGUCAAAGAAAUUGAGGUGAUUGAGAUUGAUGAUAACGAUGAAGGUGAGCCAUUAAACGGACAAAAACUUCAAGAGCGAGCAUCGAAUGUGAAUGAUUUAACGAUAAUCGAAGAGAACGAUGUAUUUGUUGUGGCCAACUUCAAGGACAGGAGUCUAGGAGCCAACACUCAUAAACAGCCAUCAUCCACUGCGCGAGGCAUAAGCAUAUUGCCGAAGGAUGACUUAACAAUAGUGGAUGAAGGUGACGCGUUUGUUGUUGUAAACUUUGCAAAAAUGGGUCUAGCCAAGUGUAAGGGACCAGCGCGUAACGUGAAUGAUCUAACGAUACUCGAAGAGGGCGAUUUAUUUGUUGUAGCAAAUUUUGCGGAAAAGAAUCUAGCCACUACCACUAUUAGCUCAGCAUCUAGUGAUCGAGAAAUGAGCGUAUUACCGAAGGCUUCUACUUCGUCAUCCAAAGCGUCGUGCAUUAAAAAGUCAUCUGAACAGGACAAGAACGCGACUCCUAAUCAGCAAUAUCCCGCAACAUCCAAGGAUAUAUCGCAAUUUCAGAAGCCUUCUGAACUGUCCAAAAAGACGAAUCUAACUCAAAAUCCGCCUAUCGCAUCUACAAGCACCUCUCAAACUCAGUAUCUAUCAUAUAAUAGUUUGAAUGCUUCGUGUUCUGCUUACUUACAACACUACUCACAAACAGUGCAAACGUCGUUAGCAAAUAUUCAAAUCCCUCGUCCCUACGAACGUGCUUAUCAACUCGAGUGGGGGUAUCGCUCGAUGUUGCUGGCGAGGGAGUUCGGAAUGAUAGCUGCGGAUAUCUUCUGCUUACAAGAAGUUGAACAGAGUCAUCUGUAUAGUUUCUAUGUGCCUGUCUUCAGCAAACUUGGCUAUAGCGGCUUAUACAAAAAACGCACGAGAGAUAUGGUGGAUGGAUGUGCCAUUUUCUAUAAAUCCAAUAUGAAAUUACUGUCGAAUCAACCAAUUGAGUAUUUUUUCGGUGCAGAUACAGUUUUGGAUCGUGAUAAUGUCGCGCAGAUAGCUCGUUUCGAAGACGUUCAUUCUGGACGUCAAAUAUGUGUUGCGAAUACGCAUCUUCUGUUCAACAUGAAACGUGGUGAUGUGAAAUUGGCGCAGUUGGCAGUGUUGUUGGCUAAUUUAGAUAAGGAAUGUGGUCCAGAGUCGGGUCGCUCUUGUCCAUACGUGAUCUGUGGUGAUUUCAAUAUGAAGCCGAACUGUAAAAUUUAUGAGUUCAUAAGGAGCGGGCAAAUGUCAUUCAAGAACGCCAGAAGAGGGACGAUAUCAACGAGUGAAGAUAAUUUCACUCAAGGUCCACUUCUAUAUCCAGGCUUCAUGCCUUCUGAAACGAACAUUGGUCGUGAUUGUCGAUUUGUGAAUAAGAAAGGUUCUUUAGUUGAUGAUGUAUUUGAGGUAUCCAUGCUUUUGACUCGUACAGUUUCAUUGAAGCUUCAUUUAGAAGGGAAUGGAACGAACGUAAAAGGACAUGACAAUUACUGGACACAUCCUCUGAAGCUGGGCAGUGUAUAUGACCAUGUCGCAAUUGAUAGCCAAGAACCCGAAGUCUCAGCAUAUUCGUACGAGGGUACUUCCAAUCCUGAUUUCAUGUUUUAUUCAGUGAAAAAACGAAAUUUAAAGGAAGGUCCAUUGCAUCUUGUUCGCCGCCUGAGUCUUCCAGCUGCGAGUGCGCUUUAUUCAACGUUAGGACCGUGGCCGAACGAAAUAACACCUUCCGAUCAUAUACCUCUCGUCGCUGAAUUUCAUUUGCUUUAA